GCUUUGCAGGAGGUGUUUAGAUUGCAAGCGUCGCUUCUUCAGCUCCUUCCUGGCUAUUCGACUUCGCUCCUUCUACGACUUUCCCUCCUGUCCGAUCGCAAGUUACCACAUUUUGAUCGGAAGCAAGAACACGAGCUCGCUAGCUGUGAAGGUAACUUUCUCCCUUUCGCGCGCUUCUUCGGCAAAAUCCCGUUAAAUCCACCGAACCGAGGAAUUUAGUAAAUCCGGGAUUUAAGCCGUAAAUCCCUGAAUUCGGGAUUUAUGAAAUUCCGGGAUUUAACGCGCGCACAAAAACCGUUUGGCUGGAUUUAGCGUAAAUCCGACUAAAAUCCCAACAUAAAUCCGAUACCAAAGAGCCCCUUACUGUUCAGUUGUUCUGCUCUACAUCGAUCGUGGUUGCAAUGGCGGAUAUGGUUCUUGAUCCAAUUAUGGAUAAGGUCAUCAGCGCUGGCUUCCGUUACCUGAAAGAUCAAGUCAGAUGGCAGACAGGCAUGAAGGAGGAGCUGGGCAAGCUGCAAGAGAAUCUCCCCCAGAUCCAAGCUGUCGUCCACUUUGCUUCCAGCCAAGAGCAGAUCACAGAAGAAUAUCCAGCUCUUAACAAAUGGCUAUGGCAGCUCCGAGAUGCCAUUGAUGAUGCGGAAGACGUGUUUGAUGAGCUGGAGUACAUGGAACUUGAAAAACAGGUGACCAAAAACAAGAAGCUGAGAAGGGUGCGUUCCAUCAUGAAAUCCAUGAAGAAAAGACUUGUUAAAAUUGGCAAACGUGCUCUCAAAAUUGAUCCCACCUUGAAGCGACUGGAGGAGGCUGUGCAGAAACUUCAUAAAGUUUCAACAACUGGUAUUGAUACUUUCCUUCAUCUUGUAAAACACGCAAAGAAGGAGCUUCAGAAGCAGCAGCUUGAGCUGCACGGAGCACGUGAAACGGGAUCCUUGCCUAAAAAUGAUCUCAUCGGUCGAGGCAAGGAGAAGGUGCUUGUUAUGGAUUGGUUGAGGAAUCCAUCAAAUGAGCCUCGGGGAUCUGAUUUUCACGGUAAUAUUUCUCUUCUAUCUAUAGUUGGCCAUGGUGGUAUGGGGAAGACAACUCUCUUGCAACAUGUAUAUGAAGAUGAAAUGACAAAGGAAUUUAAUCUUAAAAUGUGGGUUUGUGUUUCCAACAACUUUGAUGUGAAAAAAGUCAUUGCAGAUAUGUUGGAAUCUCUUGAGAAGAAGAAGCCUGAUUUGGAUUCACUUGAUGCGCUUCAAGGGAAACUUAAGAAGGAGGUGAUGUCCAAAAGGUUCUUACUGGUCCUUGAUGACGUUUGGGAAGAGGAGGAGGAACGGUGUAAAAGUAAAUGGGGGAAUGUGCUCGCCCCUCUAGCUUGUGGGGGUUUUGAUAGUAAGAUUCUGGUAACAACUCGAACGGAUGCAGUUGCGCUGAUGUUUGCAAGAGUAAUUACAAAGAAGGUGGAAAUAGUUCAAUUAAAGGGGCUAGAGGAAGAUAUGUGUUUGCAGCUCCUCAACUCUCACGCAUUUGUUGGUGUAGAGAACCGCCCUGAUGAUCAUAAAAAAUUAAGAGCCAUUUCUGGAGAGAUAGUUAAAAAGCUUUUAGGCUCGCCAUUGGCAGCUAAAGUCAUUGGUGGUGUUCUGAAUGACAACUUGAAUGAAGGGCAUUGGAGGACAGUUCUAGAAAGCAAUUUAUUUGAUCAGAAUUCUAUCCAUUCCAUCUUAAUACUGAGCUAUAUAGUUCUCCCAAAUCAUCUACGAAAUUGUUUUGCAUUUUGUUGUAUGUUCCCAGAAGAUCAUGAGUUUGAUAAAGAUGAUUUAGUCCGAAUGUGGAUUGCUUUGGGUUUCAUUCAGCCGUCUCAAGGAAUGACUAUGGAGGAUAUCGGAGGAAGGUAUUUUGAUGUUUUAGUCAAAAAAGCUUUAUUUGACAAGGUCGGAGAUGACUACAAGAUGCAUGAUUUAAUACAUGAGUCGGCAUCUAAAUUUUUUGCACAGGUAUGCGGUAAACUUUUGAAUGAUGAAGAGUUAUCCCUCAAAAUUUCUGACACUAUUCGACACUUGUCUGUUCGAACUACAAAUCUAGACAUCUUAAAAAAGAUUGAGAAGUUUAGACAUUUGCAUUCUCUUUUCUUGUUCUAUGAAGAUUCUAAUCAGGAUCUUGUGAGUGCACUUAUUGAAUUAUUCAAAGCAUCGAAAAGCCUGCGUGUAUUAUACAUAUGUGUAUUAUACAAAUGUACAGAUGAAUGGGAAAUGAUACAUGAGGAGAUUAAAUAUUUGAAACAUCUUCGAUAUUUGAAGAUCAAAGUAGUUGAUGUCACCAGGCUACCAAGAUCUCUAAGUAAUCUCUAUCACUUGCAAUACAUAAUCUUUGAUCGCUUAUGGAUGGGAAGCCUAUCUGAUGAUUUUUUACCAAGUGACAUUAAUAACCUUUCUAACUUGCGUUACAUGAAAUUGCCAACGGAUAUUAUUUCAUCGAUAUGUGGGAUUGGGAAGCUAAAGUCUCUUCAAGAAUUGCAUAUAUUUGAUCUUAGAAAUGAGAUGGGUUAUAGAAUUGAUGAGUUCAAGAAUUUGAAUGAUCUUUGCAAAUUAGGAAUAAACUGUCUUGAAAAUGUGAAGGACGCCGAGGAGGCUCGUAAUGCCCAAUUAUGUGAAAAGAGGAGGCUCACAGAUUUGACCUUAUGUUGGAGUGACACUGAUUCGAGGAACAUCGAUUUGGAUGAGAACAUGCUCGACAACCUUCAACCACCAAAAUGUCUAAGGAAUCUGAGCAUAGAGAGAUACAUGGGUGCAAGGUCUGCAAUAUGGAUGAACAAUGUCAAUCCAAUCUUCAAUGUAGAGAAAAUCGAAUUUUCAAAUUGCAGGGAAUGGGAAACUCUUCCACCUUUUGGGCAACUUCCCUUUCUCAAGACACUGACACUUAUUGAAAUGCCGAAAGUAAAAUGUCUCGAAAGUAAAUUUAAUGGGAAUGAUAAAUACCAUGCCUUUCCAUCGCUAGAAGUGUUACAUAUUAGCUACUUAGAUGCAUUAGAGGAUUGGUUUGAGGCAGGAGUAGCUGCUGAAGAUGGAUGUUUGUUUCCUUGCUUAACUCAUCUGUUUCUACUUGACUGCCCCAAGUUGAAAGAGUUGCCCUCUUUGCCUUCUAAGCUCAAGAGGUUGGAGAUAGAUGGAAUUGGGUGGACAACUUUGAAUUUUUGUAGCAAUUCAAAUCCUAUUCCUCUGGCUGAUGAAAUUAGAAGACCUGCAGCACUAAGAUACUUGUCAAUUACAAAUUGCCCCAAUCUGAUCUCUGGCGGAAGAUACCGAGAAGUGGAGACCAGUAAUAAUUGCCAUCUCAUGCUCAGCAAUCUCUGGAUAAGUGAUCCAUCGCUGUUGCUAAUGGAGCCGUUGAGAAGUAUCGCCUCCUUAAAAGAACUGAGUAUUUCAUUAAAUGAUGAGCUGGUUUCAUUUCCAAAUGAGGCGGAGGAGUGGUUUCUGAAUAUUAGUUCAUCUCUUUGUAAGCUGAACUAUAUAUAUCUCGCGUCCUUACAGUCUCUCCCUUCCUCCUUGGAAAGCUUAUCUUCACUUCAGGAACUGUAUAUUGAGGAUGUUCCGAUGCUUCAGGAAUUGCCGAACCUUCCUCCCUCUUUGAAACGUCUAACAAUAAUUGGGGAAUGUCAUCCAGAGUUAAAGGAGCGCUAUGGAGAGGAUGGAGGCUCCGAUCGGCAUAAGAUUGCUCACAUUUCUUAUAUCGAUAUUCGUCCCCAAUAAGCAAACUUGUUUCUUCUUAUCUUAUUUAUUUGAUAUAUAUGAAAUGUGAAGAAUGCAUAAUAUUUCAGCAUUAACCAGUUGUUUGUAUCACUUGAUCCAUGUACUCAAUUUUAUUUAUGUAUCACUUGGUGGUCCUUUUAUAUAUGUAAAUAUAUUUUUCUUUAAGCUA